AUGUGGCCCAUUCCGGCGCAUUCUAUAAGUCUCUUAAAAAAGGAGAAUGGAAAAAACUGUAAAAAAUGGUAUGGUAUGGAGUGGUAUGGAAUGGUAUGGAGUGGUAUGGAAUGGUAUGGAAUGGUGUGGAAUGGUAUGGAGUGGUAUGGAAUGGUAUGGAAUGGUGUGGAAUGGUAUGGAAUGGGACGGAAUGGGCCAUUCCGUCCCAUUCCGCUUUUUCCCCCUUGA